ACAAUUUGGCUGUCGAUGGUGAACUGUGUUUUUUUUUCGUUCGUUCGUUCGUUUGUUUUUUCUAUUUGUUGCUGCUUGUUAACCUUUUUUCUUUUUUUGUCUUCAAAAUAAAUCAUUUCACAAUUAUCGCACGUUUUUAUCGUGUUUGAAAAUAUCAUUGAUUAAAGCUACUUGAUUCGAUUGUCAUCGUUAGAAAAACAAAAAUCAAAUCAUCAUUUUUGUGAAGAAAAAGAAUAGAAUUCUGAACAAAUUGAUCCAUCAUCAUCGAUAUUUCUGUUUCUCUCUUCAAAUAACAAUAAUCAAAAGAAGAAGAAAAAAAAAUUAAUCAUCAUCAAUUUUUUGUGCUAAUUUUAUAUCUACUGAACACACAUAAACACACGCAUAUAUUGAUCCAAAUCAUCUGUUAUUUUUUUUUGUGUGUGUGUGUUCAGUAGAUUGUUUUUUUCUGGCCUGAAUUCUACCUCUAAAGUGAUUUACAAAUAAAGAAGAAUUUUCCAUUGGAAACAAGAUUAUCCAUAAUUUCGUAAAUUUGAAAUUUUUCAAAUAAAUUAUCUUAUAAAAACAUCAAAAACGGAAGCCUCUUCGGGAAGCAGUAUUGGUGGUGGUGGCGCCGGCGGAAGUAAUGGUGCGGCUGGUUGCGGAAUAAAUAGUUCGAUUGGAUCGAAUAGUAUGAGCUCUAGUAGCAGUAGUAAUAAUAAUGCCUCAACGGCAUCAAGAGCGCCAUCGCCACCACCAAAUUCUGAAACGAAUUCACCGGUGGCCGAAAGCUGGUGCUACACACAAGUCAAAGUGAUCAAAUUCUCAUACAUGUGGACAAUCAAUAAUUUUAGCUUUUGUCGUGAAGAGAUGGGCGAAGUGUUAAAAUCAUCAACAUUUUCUGCCGGCACCAAUGAUAAACUUAAAUGGUGUUUACGUGUCAAUCCAAAAGGAUUGGAUGAAGAAAGUAAAGAUUAUCUUUCAUUAUAUUUAUUACUAGUCUCAUGUAAUAAAACCGAAGUUCGAGCAAAAUUUAAAUUUUCAAUACUUAAUGCCAAACGUGAAGAAACCAAAGCGAUGGAAAGUCAGCGUGCAUAUCGUUUUGUCCAAGGAAAAGAUUGGGGUUUUAAAAAAUUUAUUCGUCGAGAUUUUUUACUAGACGAAGCAAACGGGUUAUUACCAGAUGAUAAGCUAACGCUAUAUUGUGAAGUUAGCGUCGUAGCUGAUUCUGUCAACAUAUCCGGACAAAGUAAUUCGAUACAAUUCAAAGUACCUGAAUGUAGUCUAUCGGAUGAUCUAUCACAAUUGUUCGAAAGUCAAAAAUUUAGUGAUGUAAUAUUGUGUGUGAAUAAGAAAGAAUUCUAUGCCCAUAAAGCUAUUUUAGCGGCAAGAUCACCAGUGUUUGCCGCAAUGUUUCAACAUGAUCUUGCAGAGAAGAAACAAAACAGGGUAGACAUUACUGAUAUGGAACCCGAAGUUUUAAGAGAAAUGUUGAGAUUUAUUUAUACGGGCAAAGCACCAGCAUUGGAUAAACUUGAUGCCGAUCUUUUAGCGGCUGCUGAUAAAUAUGAUCUCGAAAGAUUGAAAGUAAUGUGUGAAGAAUCACUUUGUUCGAAUUUAUCCGUCGAAACGGCAGCCGAUGUUCUUGUUCUUGCAGAUAUGCAUAGCGCUAGCCAACUGAAAGCUUAUGUCAUCGAAUUUAUUAAUACUUUUGCUAAUAACAAUAGCCAUGCUACGGACAUAAUGGAAACAACUGGUUGGAAAAAUAUGAUACAACGGCAGCCACAUUUAAUUGCUGAAACAUUUAAGGCAUUGGUCACACAACAGAUGCCACCAAUGGGUCCACCAAGAAAACGUGUCAAACAAACAUGAAAUAACAUUGACGAAUAAUAACCAACCGAUCAACUUUAUAUGUGUGUGUAUGUGUAUGUGUCUACCUGUCAUUGUAUGUCCACUCUCAACAAUCAUAGCUCGACAAAAUCAUCA